GGCAGACAUUUCCUUGGCUGCACGUCUGGACCAUGGACAGGGAUCUUAGUGACGAGGACAGUGUGGUGGACCUCAGCUUUGAGGCUGAGAGUCCUCUGGCACCCCCGGCUGAACUCCUGGAGAGGCUGCCCAGCUGUGACUGGUUUCUUCAAGGGGACAGACACCAGAUAUUCUUCCCCCCUUUGGAGGCUCCGGGGAGACCUCAGGAUCAACGGUGCUGGUCCUGGUUCCUGGAACACAGAGUCCCUGUGGUGACAGAGGAGGUGGCCCGGGAAGCCCUCCUCAGCUUCGUGAACUCCAAGUGCUGUUAUGGUAGUGCGGCCGCUGGCGACCUCGUCAUCAGGGAGCUGAAGCAGCAGGCCCUCUGCAGGUAUCGACUAGAGACCUUCAGCGAAUCCAGGAUAAGUGAGUGGACGUUUCAGCCCUUUACUAACCACUCUGUGGAUGGGCCACAAAGAGGGACUUCCCCCAGGCUUUGGGACAUCAAGGUCCAGGUCCCCCCAAUGUUUCAGGAAGAUACCAGGAAGUUCCAAGUUCCUCACUCAUCGCUGGUCAAGGAAUGCCACAAAUGCCAUGGGCGAGGACGCUACAAGUGCAGCGGCUGCCAUGGGGCUGGCAUGGUGCGGUGCCCAUCCUGUAGCGGGGCCAAGCGCAAAGCCAAGCCUGCCCGGCGGCGUUGUCAGAUGUGCUCAGGGUCUGGCCGGCGGAGAUGCAGCACAUGCUCGGGGAGGGGCAACAAGACCUGUGCCACCUGCAAGGGGGAGAAGAAGCUGCUGCACUUCAUCCAGCUGGUCAUCGCGUGGAAGAACAACCUGUUUGAGUUUGUAUCUGAGCACCAGCUGGACUGCCCUGGGGAGCUGCUUGCUAAAGCCAGAGGAGAGACCCUCUUUAAGGAUGAAAACACCAUGGUGUACCCCAUUGUGGACUUCCCCCUGAGGGACAUCUCUCUGGCCUCUCAGCGGGGCAUCGCUGAGCACAACGCUGCACUGGCCUCCCGAGCCCGCGUCCUGCAGCAGCGCCAGACCAUCGAGCUGGUCCCUCUCACGGAAGUUCGUUAUUGGUACCAAGGAAAGACUUAUGUCUACUACAUCUACGGCACUGACCACAGAGUGUACGUGGUGGAUUACCCCGAGAGGUACUGCUGCGGCUGCACCAUACUCUGACAUCGCACAGCUGCCCCCAGCGUCCGCCACUCACAUUUGCCAUCGAGGAUUGAGGAGGUUUCUGCAUUGACUCACUGUUGACUGCUCUGGACAAUUACAUGCAAACCCCAGUGUGUCCUUCCAGAAAAUUCAACUCCUCUGUCAAAUGACUAGUCUUUCUGGAGCCCCUCUGCUGGAAUCUGUCAUGUGUUUAACCUACGAGAAUUCAUACUACACACAGUCCUUUAGGAACCGUCCCUUAAAGGGUGGGGGCUUUGCCUCUGGCCUCUGAGCAAAAGCCCUGAUUGAAUGUGGGGCUGAUUUUGUUUUUCCCUGGGUCGGUCUCAGUUCUGGUGUGUCUCUGCUAGUGUGGGUCUUUUGUGGAGCUGGGUGAUUUUGAGAGACUGAAAGGUACACAGGAAUUGGUUGCCAAAUAGUGCACUUCAAAUAGUGCACACAAAAUAGUGCACUUUGCAGAAACAAACAAAAUUUUACUCCUUAUUCUGUGGCUCAGGAAUUUAGAUGGAGCCAUGGUGGGAUGGCUGAUCUCUGCCCCAUGAUGUCUGGGGCCUUGCCUGGAAAAUUUGAAGGAAGGGGUGGCUUAAGGGCGGGGGGCCAACAUUGUCUGAAGACUGGUUUGCACAGAUAUCUGGUGGUUGAUGGCAGCUCUCAGGUGGAGCACUUAUACAUGGUCUCUCCAUGCAGUAUGGGCUUCCUUACAACAUGGUGGCUCUCAGGGUAAGCACCCCUCAUGCCCACCAUAAUUGAAGAAAUAGGUAGUCCCAGGCUAGAGAGAAAAUCUGCUGUGUUGGAUGAGCUGGGGAUCUGUACACCAAUCUCUUACCUGGUGCCUGUGGACAGGUAAAUUUUAGAAACUAUUUUGGAUACAUGUGCUACCUUAGAACCUGCCCAUUGAGUAGAACAUGACCUGGAUGUCCUGUGUACCCAAGCACACGCCGGAACUCCUACCUGUUGCAGGGGGAGUGGGUGAGUGGAGGGGGGACACUGCACAUUGAAUGCCCGGUUGGCUUUGGAAGGGCGGUUCGGGGGCUGGGUGGACCACUGUGUACGAACUCAACUUAGGAGCAAAGGGAUGGAUCCCAGAAGCUCUGAGAUGCCUGAGACCUGCAGACCUCCUGGUGUGGCUGCCUCCAGCCAUGCCCUGGUCUCUGUGUGUGGGGAUGGUGAGGGCGGCACAAGUUGUGCCUUGGUUUGGGGUAUAUCUUGGUUGCUGGGGGCAGAGCCUGGUGGUGGCAGGGGUAACACAAAGGGUCCCCAGCUCAUCUCCUUUUGUCUGAGGAGCCAAGUCCUCCAACCUCUGGUGUCAACGUGAUGUCCCUGGGUGUGACUACCUCCGUGGUCCUCAAGGGGAUGCUUCUUUUCUGCCUCUGGGCAUUGGACAACUGGAGAGGAGGGUUUUGGGUUGUUAGAAUAAUUGGAAACAAGGCUAUUGGCAUUGGGGGGACAGAGUCCAGGAAAGCCGAGGUGUCCCCAGCACUCAGGAAUAUCCACACAGAGGAGCGUCAUUCCACGUGCUGCCAACGGUCACGGAGAACUUAGUUCUACAAGGUCUUGUCAAUUACAACUUAAUGCAAUGCUUAUUGUUACUUGGUGUUCAUCUCUGAUGGUUGUUGUUCCCCUGUGUCUUGUUUGAAAUGGCUUCUAAUCCUCUCCCUUCUCUUAAAUCCAAACUUGUUACCCUCUGAUGGCUUUAUUGGGGUUUCUCAGGCCACUGUGCUCAAGCAUCACAGAUUGAAAUACAUGUAUGAAAACACUGCUUUCUUCUCAUUCCUCCUUUAUGUUUCAGUUUGGGCAUUCCAUUACUUUUUCAAAACUGGUAUGUAAAUGGGCUAUGUAUGAAUGUCAUUUUAGGCCAGAAAG